AUGUCUUCUCAAGCUCAAGGAAAGUCUGCCAAUGAUGCUCCGAUCACCGUUGAAUCUCCAGAUGACUUCCCUAAGCAGCUGACUGAGUGUCUCCAAGGACAAUUGGCUACUCAAACGCCCGACGAGACUUCCUCAGUUUGCAACCUUGAAGCAGCUAUUCGGUCCCCUCCCCCCUCAUACCACGCCAUCUACCCACCUCAAUCCAACCGCAUGGGUACUCAACCUACGAUCAAUUCGAUCUCAGUUGAGCCCGUCGCCGAGGGAGACAUCGAGGAGCAACCUCAGCCCAUUACUGCCAGCGAUAGCAAUCCCAGGACCAAGCAGGACCGCCGCCGUUGCCGGUUCCGAAUCAGGCGCGGGUGUCGGUCCUGGCUGUGCAGCUCAAAGUUCUGGAUCCCGGCAUGCAUCAGCACGUGGUUCCUCGCCAUGGUAGGGCUCUUCCUGUGCGCCCUGGUUCUCACCACCAUCCGGGAGCAGGACCCACGCUUGAAGCCCCACGACGGCUGCUACGACAAGCGGGCGACCAUCGCCUACCUCGCCGGGUUUCUGGGGUGGGUCGGGGGCAUCGACCACUUUGUGGCUCACCACUGGGUCCUAGCGAUCUUCAAGUCGAGCUGGCUGAUCUUGCUAAUGGUGAGGGGGUUCUUGAGUGAAUUCAUCGAGUGUAAUCCCCCCCUUGACCUCGGCUACCUGGACUAUGCUUGGAUGAUUGCAAUGCUUGUGACCUCGCUCUGGUGGCCGAUUGAUACGGUACUUUGGGUGACGGGGGUCUAUAGUGUUCCGGGCUGUGAGGGUGGAGGUGGCUUCUAA